AUGGUCAACUCCUGCUGUGGCUCUGUCUGCUCUGAGGAGGGCUGUGGCCAAGGCUGCUGCCAGCCCAGCUGCUGCCAGACCACCUGCUGCAGACCCACCUGCUGCCGCCCCAGUUGCUGUGUGUCCAGCUGCUGCAGGCCCAGCUGCUGUGUUUCCAGCUGUUGUGGAUCCAGCUGCUGCCGCCCCAGCUGCUGUGUUUCUAGCUGCUGCAGGCCUUCCUGCUGCAUCUCCAGCUGCUGCCGCCCCUGUUGCCGCCCCAGCUGCUGCAUUUCUAGCUGCUGCAGACCUUCCUGCUGCCGCCCCAGCUGCUGUGUUUCCAGCUGCUGCCGUCCCUGUUGCCGCCCCAGCUGCUGUGUCUCCAGCUGCUGCCGUCCCUGCUGUGGCAGUUCCAGCUGUUGUGGAUCCAGCUGCUGCCGCCCCAGCUGCUGCAUUUCUAGCUGUUGCAGGCCUUCCUGCUGCCGCCCCAGCUGCUGUGUGUCCAGCUGCUGCAGGCCUCAGUGCUGCAUCUCCAGCUGCUGCCGCCCCACCUGUUGCCAGACCACCUGCUGCCGCCCAGCAUGCUCUAGCAGUUCUUGUUGCUGA